UGCGCGGUACGCGGGGCCGUGGGUGCGCUCGCACCGCUCCAGAGGCCGUUCGGAGCGCGCCGUCCUGAUCUACCCAGGCGCCUCGAUCCUCCCGGACCUUCCUAUCAGUGGCCUAACUUGCCCGACUUGCCCAACUCGCCGCAGCUCCGGGCGGCAGCACGUGGCCCCAGACUCCCUGCCGUCACCGCAGCCGGGACGGGCCGCGCGCCCCGGAGCCCUCGGAGUCGCCUCCGCGAGGCGGGAUGGAGGCGGACGGGGACCUGGAGGAGCUGGCCCGGCUGCGCUCGGUCUUCACCGCCUGCGACGCGAACCGCUCGGGGCGCCUGGAGCGCGAGGAGUUCGGCGCGCUGUGCGCGGAGCUGCGCGUGCGGCCGGCCGACGCUGAAGCCGUGUUCCAGCGGCUCGACGCCGACCGCGACGGCGCCAUCACCUUCCAGGAGUUCGCGCGCGGUUUCCGCGGGGCGCGCCACAGGGGACGGCGCCGGGGCCGGGGGUCGCGGGAGUCGGCGUCCGCCCGGGCCCGGGCGGGGUCGAACCCCGGGAACAGCGAGGAGGACGAGGGCGACGAGGACGCGGCGGCGGCGGCGCUGGCCUCCCCUGCGGACCCGGCGAGCCUUGGCCAGGCUUGGGAGGACUUCCAGGCGCGACUCGGGGACGAGGCCAAGUUCAUCCCCAGAAAAGAGCAAGUUAGUACCUUGUAUCAAAACAUCAACCUCGUGGAGCCAAGACUGGUUCAGCCUUAUGAACAUGUUAUAAAGAACUUUAUCCAUGAGAUCAAACUUCAAAGCACAGAAAUGGAAAACCUGGCCAUUGCAGUGAAGAGAGCCCAGGACAAGGCAGCCAUGCAGCUGAGCGAGUUGGAAGAGGAAAUGGAUCAGAGGAUUCAGGCUGCGGAACACAAGACGCGGAAAGAUGAAAAACGCAAAGCUGAGGAAGCCCUUAGUGACCUCAGACGUCAGUAUGAAACAGAAGUGGGAGAUCUACAGGUGACGAUAAAGAAACUCAGAAAGCUAGAAGAACAAUCAAGACACAUAAGUCAAAAAGAAGAUGUGGCUGCAUUAAAAAAACAAAUUUAUGACUUAUCAAUGGAAAAUCAGAAAGUCAAGAAAGAUCUUUUAGAAGCACAGACAAACAUAGCCUUUCUUCAAAGUGAAUUAGAUUCUUUGAAAAGUGAUUAUGCUGACCAGAGUCUGAAUUCUGAGAGGGAUCUGGAAAUAAUCCGAGAGUACACGGAAGAUCGAAGUAGUCUUGAGAGGCAAAUUGAAAUACUCCAAUCAGCUAACAGGAAACUGCAUGACAGUAACGACGGCCUAAGGAGCGCCCUUGAAAACAGUUACAGCAAGUUCAACAGAUCCUUGCGCAUAAAUAAUGUAUCGCCAGGGAAUACAAUUUCUAGAAGCAGUCCCAAAUUUAAUGGUCAUUCUCCUCAACCCCUGGGCUAUGACAGGUCAUGCCGCUCUUCCUACAUGGAUGAGGACUGUGACUCACUGGCCCUCUGCGAUCCCAUGCAGAGGAUGAACUGUGACCCCAUGCAGAGGAUGAACUGUGACGUUGACAGCCUCCCUGAGAGCUGCUUCGACAGCGGCUUGUCUACCCUGAGAGACUCCAAUGAGUAUGACUCGGAGGUGGAGUACAAGCACCAGAGGGGGUUCCAGAGGUCGCACGGCACACAGGAGAGCUUUGGGGGUGACGCUUCAGACACAGACGUUCCUGAUAUAAGGGAUGAAGAGACAUACAGCUCGGAAGGCGUGGCCCCAGACUGGAAGCCCCAGGGGUCUGCUAGUGAAGGCAGCGUCCUUAACUCCUCGAGAAAGCCCAUCUCAGCACUCUCACCACAGACAGACAUGGUGGACGAUAACCAUAAAUCUGCCGGCUCCCAGAAGGCUUACAAGAUUGUGCUUGCUGGCGACGCUGCAGUGGGGAAGUCCAGUUUCCUCACGAGACUUUGCAAGAAUGAAUUUCGAGGAAAUACAAGUGCCACCCUGGGAGUCGAUUUUCAAAUGAAAACUCUCAUCGUGGAUGGAGAGCAAACAGUCCUGCAGCUCUGGGAUACGGCCGGUCAGGAGAGAUUCAGAAGUAUCGCUAAGUCUUACUUCAGAAGAGCAGAUGGUGUUUUGCUGCUGUACGAUGUCACGUGUGAGAAAAGCUUUCUUAAUGUACGGGAAUGGGUAGAUAUGAUUGAGGAUGCAGCCCAUGAGAGCAUUCCUAUCAUGUUGGUAGGAAACAAGGCUGAUCUUCGUGACGCUGCUGAAGCAGAGGGACAAAAAUGUGUCACAGGGUUCUUUGGAGAAAAACUGGCCAUGACCUACGGAGCAUUAUUUUGUGAAACAAGCGCCAAAGAUGGUUCGAAUAUAGUGGAAGCUGUUCUCCAUCUUGCUCGGGAAGUGAAAAAAAGAACUGAUGAGGAUGACAGCAAAUCUGUUACCAGUCUGAGUGGGACCAGUUCCAGAAAGUCAACCCAGAUGAAGAAUUGUUGCAAUGGUUAAAUCCAGAACAUCCUUGGCCCAAGAAGCCUUCAUUUCCAGAGUACCAAAUGUGUGUGACUUUGCUUCCGACAUAAAGUGGUGCAUCCUGCGGACACUGUCAAAUGGAGAGUAUGUGGAAUCCGAACCGUGCUCUCGGGUCCCUCCAGAACGUUGGCUUUUUUUUUUUUUUUUUUUUUUGCUAUGUUUCAGUGAAUGAUUUGGGCCCCCUGGUUAAAUAUACCUGUCUUGUCCCUACAGAGUCUUAACAGAUAACAUAUAAAUGUCUUUAAAGUAGUAAAACACACACACACACACACACACACACACACACUUAGAUCAAAGCUAGAGAAGAAGUUCACUGACAUAUUAGAUUCACAUGAUAGCUGACUUGGUAGAUAACCUAUAACAUUUACUUCCAACUGGCAAUACUAGAAAACUGGUAAAAGAGGGUUACCAUCCUAGCUUUGCUGUAAACUAGCCUUGUGGUCUCGGACAGGUCACCAGCCCACAUCAGAUCCGUUUCCCCAUCUGUAAGACAAGCAGCUUGGCCUUUCAGGCCUCAGCCCUCUCGGUUCUGCAGCUCUUCGAGCAGUGCUAAGGAGCACGUGAUGGGCCACCGCUAAUAAGGACUCUGGUCACUUGCACUUUUUAAAUAUUGGAGUAUUCAUUUUUCUCAUUUCUUACACAAGAACAGAAUUAAAUUGAGGAAAAAUAAUGUUUUAAGCUCCAGUGGAGACAGGAAUAUCAAUUUUUUUAUGUAUAAAGAAAAAAAGCAUUUUUGCAAUAAAAAUAGUUUGUAUAUAAGAGGGUAUUUUAUAAUCUCAGAAUACGUAUAAAGUCCAUGGUUUGAAUUCAAUGUUAAAAGUUCUAAUGAAAAUAUAUAUACCACAUAAACACAUGCUACUGAAAAUACCAUGCCCAGGAAAGGUGUCAUUCUUAACUUAAACAAAAAAAACACCAGCAAGUGACUGCCAGGGGCUGGUGAAAGGGAGGAACUGAGAGUGACUGCUAAUGGAUGUGUGGUUUCUUUGGGGGGGUGAUGAGAAUGUUCUGGAAUUGUAUUGUGGUAAUGUUUGUUUUUUUGUAUUGUGGUAAUGUUGCACAACUUUGUGAAUAUACUAAAAAAAACCCACUAAAUUGUAUAUUUUAAAUGGUGAAUCUUAUGGUAUGUGAAUUACAUCUCAUUUAACAAAUACACUAACACCUAGAACAAUUUAACAUUUUGCCAAACGAAAAUACUCAUCCUAGAACAUCCCCUUGGUUUAAAAGCAUAAUCUCCAGCAUCACGCAAAUCCCCUAACUCCCUGGUUGCCAGCAUUCACUUCCUUAAAUAAUGAACAGUGAAAGAAAUGUAUGGUUUUGGAAAAUCAUCUCUUUUGAGGAGUUGUGGUUAGGGGACAGGUGAAUCAAAGUCCUUUGUCUGAGGUGACUCGUGACCCAUCCUCACCAAUGGCCUGUUGAGUCUUACUCUCCUAGAAACCGUACUGCCGCCCAGGCUUCCCCACUGAAAUGUCUCCGAGAGCCAAAGGAGUCAACACCUGAACCCAGGGUGAGUUUUUGCUUUUGGUUUUCAGUGGCCUGCACCAACUAAGUUCCUCCUAACCAGAGACUUGAAUUUACCUUGAUUCAUAGGACCAGGCCCCAAGUAGCAUGCUGGAAAAACUUAAAUAAUAGCUCUUAUUUAUUGUACUACAUAAGCUAAAAGCAUCUCUUUUGUGGAAUUAAAAUAAUUCCAUGUAGCAGUUCUCCUCCUGUUUAUGAUUUUUUUGAUCAGAUCUUAAAUUCCCCAAGCUUUAUUUUUUUUUUAAUGAAAAUUGACCAGAUAUAUUACACACACAUUAUAAAUAGCCACACCGUCAUGUAACUUUUCAAAGCAUGCCUUCUCUGUGUUGAGGAGAUCUAGGCAUUUUUUACUGGAAAGUUGGUUCUGUCCUCAACAGCUCUACCAUGGAUUCCUGUUUUGUUUUUUCGUCCCAGGAAAAAAAAAAAAUUCUAAAUUUUUUAACUAAAAAGUAUGCCUCGCAGGUGGGGAGUUGUCAAACUGAAUCAGGGAAGGAGAGGUCGUUAUUUCUGUGCCAUGGUGAGGCGCAGGUUAGAAUGGACACCCAGGUGUUGACAUAUGGUACUCCUGCUUAGGUAUUUGGUGCAAUUGCACAAAACUAUGUUAAUAUAAAUGUUAUUGUGUCGUCUUUAUUUAUUUUCCCCCAAAGUGUCUAUAUUUGUCUUACAAUAUGUAUAUAAGAGUAUACCUUUGGUACAGAAGUAUUAACUUGGUCUUUGCUUCUGGAGUGUAUUGAUUAAAUUAAUUAGAUUACAUGGGCACCUCUGACAGACAAAGCAAUCAUCUUUAACUAUUUAAACCUGUCAUAAAUAUUUUUGCAACAAAAUCUAAAUGAGAGACUUACAGCUCUGGUUAGCAAUCUUGUUUAAAGAAAAGGCUACUUACAGCUCUUUCAGUCGCCUUGUUAAGAAAUCAAGAUUAUUACCAACAUUUAAUUUCGAGAAGGUGUUCUCAAAUUUAAAGUAUAUUUUUGGUAAGAACAAAAAUAUCUAAUGUUUUUAACUUAGACUUAAUUUGAUAUAUUUUCAUAGGUCUAUGCAAGUAACUCAUCUUGUCUCAAUUUUUCCUUUGAGAGCUUUUAAAAUCACAAUUAUUCUACACUCUUUUUAAUGUAUCCUGACACAUUGGAUAGUAUUUUAGUUUCGUCAUGGAAAAGAACGUUAGACGUGAAGACAUUUUUCAUUGUUAACUUUUAGCCUCAUGCAUUUUCAUAAUUUAUUUUUUUCCACUUGCUGCUUUAUAUGACAUAUGUCACAUUUUAUUUAAUACUGAAUGUGAUUUGCAUAAAGCCAAACUGCACAACCCUCUUGCUGAAGUUAAAAUCGAGGUAAGAUUUAUUUUUGUAUUUGUACAGUGAUUGGCUUCAGAGUGACGGUUUUUGUGGGCUUUUAUUGUAUAUGUGUGUAAGAAAUUUCAUAUGUAUAUAUCAAGUAGGCCUCUAAGUAUUGAAUAAUUAUUUUAUUAUUUUGAUUUACAUGGUUUACAUUUUCAUAGUAUCAGCUAUACUUCAUUUAUACUGUUUAUUUCUCUUCCAUUAAUAAUUAUCCCCAAAAGUAUAAUUUUUAUAGCAAUGCAAAUGUCUAAGGAACUAAAAAUAUUUUCUGCAUUGUCAAUUCAAUAAAGCAUGCUUGCUUUGGUUUUCUGGGUGUUUCCUUCAGCUUUGCUGCAGGCAUCCCUGAAGUAGUUUUAGUUCUAGGAUGUGCCUACAUGAAACGGUGCCUCUGAAACACUGGC